ACUUGCCGAGAUCCAGGAGCCGGCCGGUUUGUCAGCUGCUUCGUCUACAGAAGAUGGCUUCUCAGGUGCACGAGUUUAAGGUGGAAAUGACCUGCGAGGGUUGUUCUGGCGCUGUGCAGCGAGUUCUCGGCAAGCUGGAAGGACAAGGCGUAAACAAGGUUGACAUCGAUUUGAAGGAGCAGCGGGUGUACGUCGAUUCGUCGCUGACUUCUGAAGAACUUCUCGGAGUUCUAAAGAAAGCUGGCAAGACAUGCUCGUACGUAGGUGUGAAGAAGUAGGCGGCACCACGCUGGCACCGUCGAGGUGCGGCCAAUGACCGACUGGUUGAACAGCCCAAUUUGCAUAACUGCCUGAACCUUUAACUGUGUGUUCGUGCUGCUCUCUCAUGAUAUAUUAAAGCUCGAUCUUAUUAUUAUCUUUCCGGUACUAUAGAUAUUAUGACUUCGGUGUACAGACUCGUGUUUGAACUGAUUAUUCUGUUGUAUGUCGGUGUUAUAAUAAAAAUAGUCCCGGUGUA